CUCUGGGUCUUUGGUGUGCCAACGUAGCUGCAACAGGAGGACUUUCCACUAUACAGGAGGAUUUUUUUCAUCCCUAAAGCUUGUAGUAGGGCGACACUUGCAAAUCUUCAGGAUUUAUUAGGCAUUCUGAACUCCAGCAAGAAGUUGAGAACAAAUACAGCUUUAUAGUCUACUCUCAAGUAGCGAUCAAUACUUUAUUACCUGCUUUUUCAUGAUGAAGACCAUGGAGGAUCAAGUAGUCCAAGAAGAACCAGGAUACCAGGAUGAUGAGGAAUCCUUUUUUCAGGAUAUUGACCUGCUACAGAAGCAUGGCAUUAAUGUAGCAGAUAUUAAAAAACUGAAGUCAGUUGGGAUCUGCACGAUCAAAGGAAUCCAGAUGACCACAAGACGGGCACUGUGCAACAUAAAAGGGCUUUCAGAGGCCAAAGUGGACAAGAUUAAAGAAGCCGCAAACAAGCUUAUUGAACCAGGCUUCCUGACCGCCUUUGAGUACAGUGAAAAACGGAAGAUGGUAUUUCAUAUUACUACUGGCAGCCAGGAAUUUGAUAAGCUUCUGGGUGGUGGGAUUGAAAGCAUGGCAAUCACUGAGGCCUUUGGAGAGUUCAGGACAGGCAAAACCCAGCUAUCUCACACCCUUUGUGUGACAGCUCAGCUUCCAGGACCAAAUGGCUACACAGGUGGAAAGAUUAUCUUCAUCGAUACUGAAAACACUUUCCGACCAGACCGUCUUCGUGACAUUGCUGAUCGCUUCGAUGUUGACCACGACGCAGUACUUGACAACGUGCUGUACGCACGUGCAUAUACUAGUGAACACCAGAUGGAAUUGCUUGACUAUGUAGCAGCCAAGUUCCAUGAGGAAGCUGGUAUCUUCAAGCUAUUGAUCAUUGACUCCAUAAUGGCACUUUUCCGUGUGGAUUUCAGUGGUCGUGGAGAGUUGGCUGAACGACAACAGAAACUGGCUCAGAUGCUGUCAAGGCUCCAAAAAAUAUCAGAAGAAUAUAACGUGGCUGUGUUUGUGACCAACCAGAUGACUGCUGAUCCAGGAGCAACUAUGACCUUUCAGGCAGACCCCAAAAAGCCCAUUGGGGGCCACAUCCUUGCUCAUGCUUCAACAACCAGGAUUAGCUUGAGGAAAGGGAGAGGGGAGCUGCGUAUUGCAAAGAUAUACGACAGCCCUGAGAUGCCUGAAAAUGAAGCCACAUUUGCAAUAACUGCUGGAGGGAUUGGGGAUUCCAAAGAAUAGGCAGGAAACCAAUGUCAUUGUACCGCUGAAAACCACCUGGGUGGUUGGGAUGAAGAUUUGUGCAAGGUCACCGACUGCCUGGCUGCAUUUUUAUCUUCUUGGAACCGUUUGAGAUAUUUUGGGAGGACAUUGGGACAAACUCUGUACAGUUCAGUUUAAUUGAUCUUAAUAGAAUUUGGUUCAGCUAGGGUCUUCAUUUUUCAGUUGAACUUUCAGCAGACAAAAGUUUAAGAAAUAUGCUUGUGAAUUGUUCAAAGAAUCCUUUUCCUAUAUUCUGUGAAAAUCAAAGCUGUCCUUUCACAUGAGAUUAAUAUACUCUUUUUUUUUUAGUUUCUUUCAAAAAAAGCGUCUAUGUGGUAGAAUUUAAUAGUGUAAAGUGGAAAAGGAUUGGAAUAAGCUCGGUUAUAAAAUUGACAUAAAUAGAUGGAAAAGGCAGCGGCAGGAGGAACAGCCCAAGAACUUGAUGGACUCUCAUGUACUGUAGACAAACAAGUUACUUUAAAAAUACAUUUUUGGGUGUUUUUAUCUCGACUAGGUAAUUUUUGUAUUUUUAUUUAGCAUUUUCUACUUUUUGAAGAGAAUGUGUUAAAACUGUGAAGUUAAAAAUAAAGAUGAUGAAUUAGAACAGC